AUGGUGAAGUUUAUAGCUUUAAUAUUGGGAAUUAGUAUCUUUAACGCACAAUGUGCAGUUUACAGAAGUUCAGACGCACAACUUCAUCGAGUAGUUCGAUCUCCUCACUAUGGAUCUAAUCACUUUGAAGUUGGUUUUCCGCCACCACCCCCACCCCCACCACCGCCGUUCCUGUACCACACUCACAACUGGAGUGGAAUUGCACGUGGUGCUGGAGGAAGAGCACACGGAGUGUUCAGUGGAGCAGCUGCCACAGCCGAGAGUGCUUUCCCUGGCACAAAUGAAGCAGUUUCAUUAGCUGCUGCUAAUACUUUUGGUGGUCAAUCUGAAAAUUGCGAUGAUGAUUUUGGGGCCAAAGAUCAAUCUAGCCAAAAUCUAGGUAGUUCAAAAUUGACACAGUCCAGUAGCAGGUCCUUUGGAAGUGGAUCAGGCUACGAUGGCCAAAUUGGGUCUUUAGGUAUCGAUAGCGGAUCUGGAGGCAGUCAGUCAGGUCAUUACAAUUCAGGUUCUUCUGGAUUUGCAAGUAAUUCGGCUGGCAGUGAAGCUAGAGGCUCUGGAAGUCAAUCAGGGCAAUAUACUGGUGGUGCUUCAAGCGCACAACAACAAAAUAAUGGAUUUGGCGGACACGCUUCAGGAGCCCAUGCAGGACUUACUGGAAGCUCUGGUUUUGAAGCAAGGGAAGUUUACAAGGAAUCACAUUUGUCUUCUCAAAGUAACGAUAACAGUUUCGGAGCUCAGGGAGGGAAUGCUGGUUUAUUGAAUCAAGAUGGAUUUGGUGCAAAUGAGCAACAAUCUGCUUCUAGGGGAUUUAGUAGCUCUCAAGCUCAAAGUUCAUCGUUUGGAAGCAAUGGUGGAUUUGGUUCCGGUUCUUCUCAAGGAAGUCAUUUUGCGAACCAAAAAUUAGGAUCAGAAUCAAGUGCUAAUAUUCCAGCAGUAUCUGGAUCACAAGAAUUCUUAGCUGCUGGUAAUGGAGGUUCCUUUGCACAUGGCCACGGCCACCAUCAAUUUGAUAGUUCAAAUUACCAUGGCAGGAGUCAGCAAUUACAGCAACUACAAUCUGCUAGUGGUGGUCAAUUUGCCAAUGGUGGUCAAUCUGCUAGUGGUGGUCAAUCUGUGAUUAGUGGUCAAUCUGCUAGUGAUGGUCAAUUUGCUAGUGGUGGUCAAUCUGCUGGUUUCAGUGACUCCACUAAUGAGCAUCAGGAAGGUUCGGUUUCCGGGAGCACAGGCGCAUCUGCUCGUGGGGAAGCUCAAUCCACUCUCAAUGGGGCUUUAGACCUAGCUUCACAAGGCUUGCAGGCGUCUGAUAAAGCAGGAUGUAGCACUUGUCAAAAAAGUAGCUUUGCACUAAGUAAUGCUAAAAGUUGGAAUGGAAACGCAGUUUCUUUGGCCAUUGGAGGU